AUGGAUGGGCAGAUUGCCUCUGCAAAUGGAGUUCAUAAUUGGCAAGCACCUCAUGAAACUUCAAACUACUCACUAUUUGACGCUACUGUCGCUAGUGGUCCGCCACCAGCGCAUCCUCCCCCGCCUCUACCAACAAAGGACGUUGUUGUCCAUGGAUCUCUGGCUUCUGGACCCGGACCAGCACUGGACGUUUUUGGGCAGUCGAUCCAAUGGGAUCCUGUACCAGUGGCACCGAUCCCACGCGCCGAAGAUCCGUUCGAUCUCCAGUGGAGUCGAUUAGCAGUUGGUUCUGCGAUGGCGUCCAAUCCGUUUGCCACGGAAGUUCAACGAGAGCUGCGAAUAUGA